AUGGGAUUAGUAGAUCCCACCACUGCCUCCAUUGGUCCCCCUACUGUGGGUGUUGUUAAGGCGAACUGUGAUGCGACGCUCACUAAGGAUGCGGCAAAGGGUGGUUUGGGUGUGAUUUUUAGAGACCACACUGGUGUUCUGUUAAAGGUGCGCUCCCUCCCUCAGUUGUUUGGUUCGAUUAUCCAAGGAGAGGUAAUGGCUAUUCGUAGUGCUCUCGUCUCUGCCUUAGAGUUGGGUUUUAACAACUUGCUUGUGGAAUUUGAUAGUAGGGAUGCUAUUAUGUUUAUUGAAGGAAGGAAAUCUCCGGGUUGGGAGGUGGAGGACCUAGUGGCUGAUGUGGCUAGACUGAAAUCUUCUUUCUCCUCUAUUGCUUUCUCUUUUGUUCCUAGGGCUGUGAAUGAUGUUUCGGAUGCUCUAGCCAGGAAGGCACUGUCACUUGGGUAUGUGACAGAUUAA